CUUCCGUUCCUGACACUACAGCACGUCCAUUGUAGGAUGCGAUUGUCUCGAUUUAAACCCCGCAUUUGUUUUUAACCUAAAACAAAGUCUUUUUGCUCGUCAAGUUUUAGCUUUACCAACCCCAGUGUCGUGUGGGAUUGCUGUCAUACGUGCAACGUGAGCUGUUUGAGAAUAUCCAGUUUACCUUGCGAUUGCGCCAACUAGUCAGGGCUAGCACACGUUAGCCGGCCGCGGUUCGCUGAGAGACGGGAGCAUGAUUUCAAGUCACCACGGAGGAAUUUGGCUUUGAAACGCCACAUUCGGCAAAACCAACCCGAGCUCAAUUACUCAUCGGACGAGUACUUUUGAUAGGGGAUUUGGUGGUGUCGGGUGUUUCCCCCCCACAGUAUUUCACCGAAUCCCCAACGGAGUAGUUGCCUCCAGGAUGAAUGGCUUCAGUACCGAAGAGGACAGCCACGAUGGGCCGCCCGCGCCGCCCCUCUACGGCCAGAGUUGCUGCCUGAUCGAGGACGGCGAGCGCUGCGGCCGCUCCGCCGGCAACGCCUCCUUCAGCAAGCGGAUUCAGAAGAGCAUUUCGCAGAAGAAGCUCAAGCUGGACAUCGACAAGAGCGUGCGCCAUUUGUACAUCUGCGACUUCCACAAGAAUUUCAUUCAGAGCGUGCGCAACAAGAGAAAGAGGAAGACAAGUGAUGAUGGCGGCGAGUCCCCGGAUCAUGAUGUGGAGGUGCCAGAGGUGGACCUGUUCCAGUUGCAGGUGAACACAUUGCGACGCUACAAGCGACACUACAAACUGCAGACCAGGCCCGGCCUCAACAAAGCCCAGCUGGCCGAGACGGUGAGUCGUCAUUUCAGGAACAUUCCGGUGAACGAGAAGGAAACGCUGACCUACUUUAUUUACAUGGUGAAGAGCAGCAAAAGCCGCUUGGACCAGAAAGCCGACAGCAGCAGCAAACCCCUGGACUAAAAAAAAAACAAAAAAAAAACCUCAAACAACAAGCAUAACGAGACAUCAAAAAACAACCAAAAAGUUGACACUUUUGCAAGGACUUUUUUUUCCCCCUCCCACCGGCAGCCACAGAUCAUCAUUCACUUUUCCUGAACUUUUUGCUACUCUAGCACCAGGAUUCGCCUUGAUCCUGUGCUAACUGUAUUUUAGAAAUUCUGACUGAAAACGACUCACUUCCCCACCAACUGACGUACCACUUUUACUUUGUCUGGAAAGCUACUAUCACAAAUUUUAACAAACGAAGGGACCCUGGACAGGACUGCUGACAUCUUGCAUGUGUUCACGCCCGCUCCUGAGAUAUGUAAUGUAUUUGUAAAUUGUUAGCACUGAGACGCUAAAAGCCCUCAGCCCGGUUUCAAACCCUCUUGUUAUGUUACGUGUCAAAAGUAUUAAGCACAGUAGCUAAAUGCAAUACUACAGUAGUGAUUGGAAUAGUAAGGAAUAAAAUGAAUAAUGACUAAAGCCAUCUUUCUUUUUUAUAUUUCUUUUGUCACUUUUUGGAUUAUAGGUCAGUUGAUCCUUUCUCCCACUUUCCUUGAGAAACCAACGUUAAACCAGAGGGUCGAAUACACCUGUGAUGAUAUUCUGUCUGCAGGGGUUGAUGAUGCUACAUGCUUGGUAAAAUUCUGGGCUAGUCAAGGGUUUUGAUUGGCUUGCUCUUUACCGUUCUAAACGCUAAAUCUUCUAAUUGUAUGCUUUUCACCGCGUGGGUCCUUGUACACACUUAUUUGUUGUUGUUUUUUUUGGGGGGGGGUGUUGUUUUUGCCACUUUCUAUUUUUCUGUUAGCUUCACGUUUAAAAUAACAUCAGUUUUUCUUCACACACAGUCCGAGGGAUUGUCUCAUCUUGUCCUUUCAUGGAAUGUCUUUCUUCACACUUAAGUGACAACAUCAGCAUAUAACUAUUGUAUUAGAAAUUUAACUUGUAUUUAAAUAAGGCUUCUUAUUGCUCCUUCUAAUAAAUGUACAGGCUUGUAUGUGGGAGUAAGUGAAUAUUUGUACUUUGUCCCUUUUUGUGUUGAAAUGAACUUCCCUUGCUUUAUUACUAUUUCUUUUAUUAUUAUGCAAUAACUGGACAAAACGAUAGCUAACCAAACACUUUUUGUUCCUUCAUUUGGAUGUACUGAAGUAGUUUUACUUCAUUUUGCUUCAAAAUGUGAGAUUUAGGGGAAACGUCAACAGUACCUAUCCAACACCACUAGGUGACAGCAUUGUUAAGCAAUCACUUUCCAUUAUUUUUAUUUAUUUAUUUUUAAAUAGCCUUCCAAACACGUUUUUUGACUAUUUUGAUGUAACUGAAUGCUCAAUCUAUGACUGAAUCUACACUCACCGGCCACUUUAUUAGGUACACUUGUCCAACUGCUCGUUAACACUUAAUUUCUAAUCAGCCAAUCACAUGGCAGCAACUCAGUGCAUUUAGGCACGUAGACGUGGUUUAAGACAAUCUCCUGCAGUUCAAACCGAGCAUCAGUAUGGGGAAGAAAGGUGAUUUGAGUGACUUUGAACGUGGCAUGGUUGUUGGUGCCAGAAGGGCUGGUCUGAGUAUUUCAGAAACUGCUUAUCUACUGGGAUUUUCACGCACAACCAUCUCUAGGGGUUUACAGAGAAUGGUCCGAAAAAGAUAAAAUAUCCAUUGAGCGGCAGUUCUGUGGGCGGAAAUGCCUUGUUGAUGCCAGAGGUCAGAGGAGAAUGGCCAGACUGGUUUAAGCUGAUAGAAAGGCAACAGUGACUCAAAUAACCACCCGUUACAACCAAAGUAGGCAGAAGAGCAUCUCUGAACGCACAGUACGUCGAACUUUGAGGCAGAUGGGCUACAGCAGCAGAAGACCAUUCCAAGGGUGCCACUCCUUUCAGCUGAGAACAGGAAACAGGCUACAAUUUGCACAAGCUCAUCGAAAUUGGACAAUAGAAGAUUGGAAAAACGUUGCCUGGUCUGAUGAGUCUCGAUUUCUGCUGUGACAUUCGGAUGGUAGGGUCAGAAUUUGGCAUCAAAAACAUGAAAGCAUGGAUCCAUCCUGCCUUGUAUCAACGGUUCAGGCUGGUGGUGGUGGUGUAAUGGUGUGGGGAAUAUUUUCUUGGCACUCUUUGGGCCCCUUGGUACCAAUUGAGCAUCAUUGGAAAGCCACAGCCUACCUGAGUAUUGUUGCUGACCAUGUCCAUCCCUUUAUGACCACAAUGUACCCAACCUCUGAUGGCUACUUUCAGCAGGAUAAUGCGCCAUGUCAUAAAGCUGGAAUCAUCUCAGACUGGUGUCUUGAACAUGACAAUGAGUUUACUGUACUCAAAUGGCCUCCACAGUCACCAGAUCUCAAUCCAAUAGAGCAUCUUUGGGAUAUGGUGGAACGGGAGAUUCGCAUCAUGGAUGUGCAGCCGACAAAUCUGCACCAACUGUGUGAUGCCAUCAUGUCAAUAUGGACCAAACUCUCUGAGCACCUUGUUGAAUCUAUGCCACAAAGAAUUGAGGCAGUUCUGAAGGCAAAAGGGGGUCCAACCCGUUACUAGCAUGGUGAACCUAAUAAAGUGGCCUGUGAGUGUAGUUUGUCUUCACUGAUUUUAAAGCAAGGGCGUAGGUUUGGUCUCAACAUUGGUAGGGGCGACAUAACAGCAUAACCUGCAUGUACACUUUUUGCUGGGGACGGGACAUUAAUAAGACCAAACAGAUUGGGUGAACGGGGGUCAGGGCUACAUUGCUCACGAAUAUGAACCUAGUAAAUUGAUAGGCCAAAUGAUCAAUGCAACAUAAAUCUGUAUUGACAACAUGUCGCCAACAUGCCGCCUCCUCCGCCCCCUUCAAAGAGGAGGGAUAUUAGAAGGUUGU